AUGGCGGCAGGAAUAUCGAAGCUUUCUCCUCCAAAAACGAAGCCCUUUAUCAGCAAUAACCCAUCUCCAUUAGCUCUGCUGUAUUCUUCUUCUGCAGCACAAUCGCCACCUCCAUCGCCGUACCUCUCGAAUCUAGCCGCCGCCAUACUCAAUUCCCCGAAUCCAAGACAGGCUCUGAGGAUCUUCAACUCGGCCUCGAGAACCAUAAACCCUGCGAAAACUCUGAAACUUCACUCGGCCAUCGUCUGCUUCCUCACUCGAGCUAAGGUCUACGUGCAGGCAAGGUGUUUGAUAAAAGACCUCAUCGAGACUCUGAGUAAAAACCGGAGACCCCACAAGGUGUGUUCGUCGAUUUUCAAUGCGCUCGGUCAGGUUCAUACGUCGGGAAGUGAUUCGAAUGUGUAUGGAGUGUUGAUUGGAGCUUUAUGCGAAAAGGGUCUUGCUGACGAGGGUUAUUGGGUUUAUUCCAAGAUUGGGAAACUUCCUGCUGUACAAGCAUGUAAUGCGCUCUUGAACGGUAUACUUAAAACGGGCCGUCUCGAUUUCAUGUGGGAGGUUUAUGAAAACAUGGUCUUGAAUGGCUUAAUGCCUAGUGAGGUGACUUAUGGGAUUCUAAUCGAUGCUGCUUGUGAAAAAAGGAAUCUUGAGAAGGCAAAAUUGUUGCUUGAGGAGAUGAUCGAGAAGGGACUAAAACCGACGGUUGUUAUUUACACGACACUCGUGCGUGGAUUAUGCAUGGAAGGCAAGAUUUUGGAAGCAGAAGGCAUUUUUAUAAGAAUGCGUGGUUCGGAUGUGGCCCCUAAUCUGUACACCUACAAUUCCUUAAUGGAUGGGUAUGCUAAGAUGGCUAAUUUCAAGAAGACGCUUGAAUUGUAUUACGAAAUGUUGGAUAAUAAACAAGUUCUGCCAAAUUGUAUCACCUUUAGUAUCAUGAUAUACUUGCUCUGCAAAAUUGGUGAGGUUGAGGCUUUUAGGAGCUUCUUCGUGCAUAUGGUGAAGUUAAAUGUCGUUCCUAAUGUUUACGUGUAUAAUUGCUUGAUGGAAGGCUUUUGUAAUUCAGGCAACUUAUCUGCCGCCAUGGACAUUUUUACGGAGAUGGAAAGAUUCGGUAUUUGCCCGGAUAUUUUCACGUACGGCAUUCUCGUGAAAGGCUAUUGUAAAAUCGGUAGGGCUGAGGAUGCAGAGAGUCUUCUAUUCUCUAAAAUGAAUAAAACAGGACUAGUGGCAAACUCUGUACUCUACAACACACUAAUGGAUGGGUACUGUAAAAAACAAAAUUUGGCUAAAGCUGUGGAGAUUUGUUCAAAAAUGAUGGAAAAUGGCGUUCAGCCCGAUACGGUUACAUUUUGUAUAUUGAUUAACGGGUAUUGCAAAGUCGGCCAGCUCGAGGCUGCCAUGGGGCUUUAUUAUGAAAUGGCUGUUAAAGGCUACAAGCCAGAUGUGGUGGCUUUUACAGCUUUAAUCGAUGGACAUUUCAAGAAUGGCUAUGCUGAUGCAGCUCUUAAUCUGUACAAAGAAAUGAAGAAUUCUGGGGUUGCUUCUAAUGUUUUCACGGUUAGUUGCGUUAUUGAUGGGCUUUGCAGGGAAGGAAGGAUCAAUAAUGCAAUUAAUUUUUUCUUGGAACAAAGUAGGAACAAUAACUGCCCCAACAAAGUUAAUUAUUCGAUUCUGAUUGGUGCUUUGUGUAAAAAUGGUCGGGUUUUCCAGGCGAGCAAGUUUUUUGCAGACAUGAGGAAGAGUGGUUUAUGUCCGGAGGUAUCGGAUUAUGCUGCCAUUGUGGAAGGGCAUUUUCGGGCCGAGCAUGUGUUUGCUGUUAUGAUGGUGCAGGCAGAUAUGGUAAAGAUGGGGAUUUUGCCGAAUGCGUUUAUGUAUAAGGAUUUGAGUAGAGGUUAUCAGGGGAUGGCUUAUUUUGUAUCAGCUGAAAAGUGUAAUGAAGAUUACACAAAGUGUUUGUGA